UUUUCCCCCGUCUCUCUCUCUCUCUCUGAGCCAGGCAAGCCACCUGCCUCAGAUUAUUCUUCACAGCGUGAGACCGAACUUUCACGUAGACACAUUUCAUUUCGUUCAUCAACCUUCGAUGAAAACAAUGCUGCCAUCUUUAUUCUUUGUUUUUCUCUGUUGCUAUAAAUCCAACCCUUCUCUCAUUUCCUAAUUUUCGUUCUUCAAUCCUAAACCCCACCAUUCUGAGUUUUUCUCUUCGAUUUAUCUCCCAUGGCUCCCAUCAAUCUGAAGCAAGCCCCAAACGCCGCUGCCACUUCUCAAGCAAUAGCAUCGUCUCAGGAUGCUAGAGUCCUUGUGCGCGAAACGCUGCGUAUAAGUGCUAAUUUGGCAUCACCGCCUACUGUUGCUGCUACUCCCGCCACCUCUGAAGUCGCGUCGUUGGUUGAACCGGAGUGUCGAAGGAGAAUUAUUGGGGGUGUUGCUGUUGGUGGUGAGGAAUUUGUCGGUUCGAGCUUCAGAUUGAUCUGCUGCGAGGAAAUGGGUGGCCGUAGAUGGAAGUAUGUGGCGGAGAGCGAUGGCUCGGGAGGCUUUAAACGGAAUUCCUUUCGCGCACUUAGCUUGUAUACUCCUCAAGCGCCACUUGAUGAGUUAAUGUCAUUUGUUAGAUCCUAUGUUGUUCCAGAAGGUUUCCCUGAUAGUGUUACUCCUUCAUAUGUGCCAUACAUGACAUGGAGAGCUCUGAAGCACUUUUUCGGUGGAGCAAUUGGUGUGUUAACAACUCAAACACUCUUAAGUUCAGUAGGAGUCUCUCAAAACAGAGCUACUCCUGGGGCUGUAGCUAUCAACUGGAUUCUCAAGGAUGGUGCUGGUCGUAUUGGAAAGAUGAUUUAUGCUCGGCAAGGAAAGAAGUUUGAUUAUGACCUUAAACAGUUGCGAUUUACCGGUGAUCUUCUGUUGGAGUUAGGUGCUGGGGUGGAAUUGGCAACUGCAGCAGUGCCACAUCUAUUUCUUCCUUUGGCAUGUGCUGCUAACUUAGUAAAGAAUGUUGCUGCUGUAACAUCAACAUCAACUCGGACACCAAUUUAUAAAGCCUUUGCUCAAGGAGAAAACAUAGGUGAUGUCACUGCUAAAGGAGAAUGUGUUAGCAAUAUUGCAGACCUGAUGGGAACUGGACUUGGCAUAUUAAUGAGCAAAAAAAAUCCAUCUCUAGUAUCCACAUUUGCCUUCCUUUCUUGUGGAUAUGUGCUAAGCUCUUAUAGAGAGGUAAAAUCUGUGGUCUUGCACACACUGAACAGGGCAAGAUUUAGUGUGGCAGUAGAGUCCUUCCUCAGGACAGGGCGAGUACCUACUUUGCAUGAGGGUAAUAUGAAUGAGAACAUAUUCAGUUUUCCAUGGAAAGAGAGGCCUGUUGUCCUUGGAUCCAGAUUCAAGGAUGCCUUCCAAGAUCCUAGUGCAUAUGUUGCCAUAAAGCCUCUGUUUGAAGAAGAGAGGUAUCUUGUGACAUAUAACCCCUCAAAGAGUAAAGUGUAUGCACUACUUAAGGGUCAGGCGAAGUCAGAUGACAUUCUAAAAGCAGCAUUUCAUGCUCAUGUCCUUUUACAUUUUAUAAAUUCAUCAAAUUCAAGUAAAAUUUCUUCUUGGAAGCAGAGGGCGGAUCCUAAUUCAAAUGAGAUGCUCAACAUUCCUUACCUCAAAGCUUGUAUUGCUGAGUCAUGCAAGAUGGUGUCAAAUUCUUAUGGGCAAUUUAAGAAUAAAGCUGAGGAGCAGGGUUGGGCUAUGUCAGAAUCGCUUCUUAAUCCCGGUCAAGCCAGGCUGUGUUAACUGAUUAAAUAGGCGACGUCUGAUUUCAUCACCUGAUGCUGUUGUGUUUUGACUGGGGAUCUACUGGGAGAAAUUCUUCAUGGAUUCAGAUGAUAGAAAGCUUGAUUGUGAAUUCAGUCAUUUAUAGACAUGUGAGCUUGUUUGCCGUGGAGUUCUCUUGUAAUAUGCUUACUUGUCUAUCCAUGAUUAGUUUGAUCUACCAAUUUAUUAUUAGAAGUCUAUUUAAGAAUUUCUACCCAAGGUUCUUGGACUGCUAUGGAUGACAUGAAAUUGGCCGACCAAUGAACCAACCAAAAAAAGUUCAAAUCCCCCAUUGUUGGGAACAGAGAUUGCAAUGCUUAAGAGGAAUCAUGGAAACCUUGAGCCUCAGAAAACCUGAGUGUAUUCUCCACUGGAUAUUUAUAUGAAUGGAGACCUAUUAUAGUGUUUAGCUAUAGGAUUCUAUUUUAGAAAUAAAAAAGGAAUUUAGUUAUAGGAAUGAGUUGCGAGCAUAUCACCGUGUAUAUUGUGUGUAUUUUCUGAAUGUUAUUUAACGUCAAUAAAAUCCCUAAUGUUCUAAAAAGUCAUGGUUUCAUUGGGGACUGCUAGUUUUACAUAAGUUUUUUGUUUUCACUGUUGUAGCCUGUUUCUCUUUAGUCACUUUAGUCGUAAUAACUUGAUAUGCUUGUAGAGAACCAUGAAAAUCAAUGGCAAUGCAAAUUUUCAAUUUGGGAUCUUGUGGUUCCAAACUUUCUUAUUGUUC